UCUUGCAGCUUCAUUUCCAGUUCAAAAAGGUAGGUGAUCAAAAAUCCCAACCCCUCUGCUGCACCUCCUCCUCUUCGUCCUCUCAGCCUGGUUCUCCCAACUGUCUAGGUUGUAUGUCAAAGGUUAUCCACUAAACUGACAUGUCAUAUCAGAUCUACUACCGAAAGUAAUGGUCGCCGGCCGUGGAGCCCGAGCUCUAAGCACCCUGGUCAGCUCUGUACGAAAGACCCCGGUUCAUAUCCUGGUCUAUAUGCCGGCAUGCCGGCCUGUGCAUCCCGGUCUCACAUGUUGCCUCGACUGCCAAGACGUGAUGAUGUUCAAGAGCCGGGCUGGCGGUGUCCCUUCUUUCAUCCCCUCCCCCUCCGUUCUGCAUCUUUUCCUAGUCAGGAGGCCGGGGGGAAGAAUGGGAGGGGAUUAAACGGUGACAGUCAGUACGGAUGCGGAUAUGCAACUCGCGAACAAACGCUCCGUCGAUCCUGGGGUGCACGUUUCUUCUUGGCGGACAACAUGCCCUCUUUUUCCGCUGUUUAUUGGGCGGGUAACGUCGUCGCUCAUGCUGUGCUACCACAAGUCCUGGGUCGGAGGCUAGCUGCCUUGCCUCCCCGGUCAUCAACCUUUUUUUUUUUUUCCCUCUCGUUUUUGUGCCCCCUCUCUCAUCCAAGGAUCCAGACCAAGCGUCCGGGGGGGAAGGGGGCGACCAAGUUGUCCUUGGAACAAAACAAAAAGAAAGAGACCGGGUCUUGGAGAGACCGCCUGUGGCUCGAUCCAGUCGAGGGCCCAUUCAUUCUAACUUGGUCAUAUCAUUUACAAGUUCAAGUAUAUUACGUACAUUACAUGUUGAUGACCGACCACAGGCACGCGAGAGCCAUGCAGAUGCAGGACUGUGGCGUGCAGCAGGCUGAGCCGUCUCUUCCCCCGUGCCCGUGCCCGUUCCCGUGUCCGUGUCCAUCACUUCGGCCGAAGUCUCAUCACCGCUAAAAAGAAAUAGAAAAAAAAUAAAAAAAAAUCCCAAGGAAAGAAAAGUUUAAGGGAUGAAGAUUGCUGCUCUAACCUCUAGGCUGUCGACCAUACCUGGGUUAUCAAAGUACUGACCAAACCCCGAACCAUCUCCUGUCACAGUUGCUUCAGAGAUCUGUUACGUCUCUUCACCAUCUUUAACCCACCCCCCACUCCCCCUGAUAAUGGUGGCUUGUCACCUCAUGCUAAAACCUCGCCCAGCUCGUCUCAGCAGUAGUCGUCCGAUGCCUACCUGGCAGAUCUUCCCGCCGCCCUGUCUCGGCAUCACCUCACCGCC